AUGCACUUAGAGGAUCUGUCUUCUCUGUCCAAGUUGGGCGUGUCUAUCGCCAUGAAAAUAACAGGAGUGUCUAUCCUGUCUGUUCUAUCCCUCUUUAUGGUCAUCAACCGACCGGAAUACCUUCCCUCAAUAUCUGAAGCCGCUGCCAAAGGGAUUCCACGGGUCGUGAACUCGAUCGGGGUUGGCUUGGGAGGCUUUCUCUUCUUUGUCUCGGGGGCUCUGUGGCUAAUUUACGGGUACAAGCAAACAGGGGGGUGGGCAGUGCAUGCGAAGAUACUCUUCACCUUUAUGGUUCACUCUGUCUCCUCGUUUUGCCUUAUAUCUCAGGCAGUCAUUCCGAUCAAGCUUCGAGAAGAGACAUGUAUUCAUAGAGUCUUCGCAGCCAUCUUCUUUCUGACAGCCUUUCUACUGUGUUACUUACUUGAAAGCAUUGAAAAGGCAAUUCAUGAGGUGUGCGCCUCGGUACGACUGCUGAGAUCUGCUCUCCUAUUCCUGGGUGUUUCAGCGAUGCUCUUCGGAGGCAAUCUGGCCACUGCCUGGGGCAACUUUAUGUCCCACAGUCCAAAAAUGGCCGAGCUUCGUAUACUAACAGGCUUCUCGUGCAUUCAGUACGUCAUCGUUUUUUCACUCCUCUUAUAUAUGUACACAUUUGGUCUCAGCUGA